AUGGCUGCAGCAGCGGCGGCACCGGCACCUCCGAGCCCCACCGGCGGCGACGCGCAGCGCCCGUCCCGCGGUGGCCCCGGCGGCAGCGCCGGCGACAGCAAGAGAGGCGGCCCGGGCGCGGUGGAGCUGGCGGCGGCGCGGCGGAGGCUGGUGGCGGCGGAGGGGCGGCGGCGGGCGGCGGCCGAGCUGGAGGGGCGGGUGCGGCAGGUGCACUGCGCGCUGCUGCACGCCGAGCUGCGCCUGGCCGCCCGCGCCGAGACCCUGGGCCGCCUCGGGGCCGGCGUGGCCCAGGCGCAGCUCGCCCUGGCGGCCCAGAGCCAGCGGCUGCAGAAGGGGCUGCGCCGCCGCCCGCGGCCCCGGCCCGGCGCGCUCCUCGCGGCCGCCCGCGCCCUCCGCAGCUGCGUGCCCUGGGCUCCCGCACGGAGCCGCGGGGCCGCCGCGGGCACCCCCGUGCGCCGCCUGCCCGCCGCCACCCGUGGCUCCGCCUAG